CAGCUGCUUUCGGCGUGAGCUUCCAGUCUGCGUGCUGUAGUCGUACUAACACAUCCAAUGGACCCGACGGAGCUCAGCUGCGGCGUUUUAGUCUCACCUGUCACCUUACGAUGGACUGUCGUCAUUGUUUUGCUGCUUUACGCCUUCAAGCCUGCAGCAGGACAGUUUCAGGUGAUUGGGUCAGUUCAACCAAUCGUGGCUGCUCUGGGUGACGACGUCAUCCUGCCAUGUCACGUCGAGCCUCGGGUCAACGUGGCGGGACUGACGGUGGAGUGGUCAAAGUUCGACCUUCAGCACGACCCCACAGACGGGCCGGUCCACGUGGAGUACGUGCACCUGUACAGGCACGCCCGCGAGGACGCGGACAUGAAGAGCUCGUCUUACAUCCAGAGGACGGAGCUGUUCGCAGACGGCCUGAGACACGGCAACGUGUCCCUCAAGAUCGCCAACGUGACGCUCGCAGACAAAGGGAGGUACAGAUGUAACCUCCCAAAGUUAAGGGGCCACAUGCAGUCUUCAGUUAUUCAUCUCGUUGUUGAGCCAAACUCUUCCGAAACCUCGUCCACAGAGACGCCGCCGCAGCGCGUAAGUCUGCGUACUCCUGACCUGACGGAGGACACGUAUGCUGAAGGUGGCCCGGCCAGUCGCAGCAGACUGAUCUCGGCCGUGGUCGUUUGCAUCUUGCUGAUCCUGGGUGUUGGAGUCGGAGCAUAUUGCAGGUGGAGGUGUCAGAAACAGGAGCUCAAAGAGGUGCUUGUCAUCUAGGUGCCUUGCUCAAGGGUGCGUUGAUAGGCGUUGUUCGCAGAGGUGAGAGCGCCACCCACUGGGACACACUGGACCUGCGGAAGGGAGGCUUUCAUGUGGAGGGAAAACGGACAACCAGCAUGAAAUCCUCUCACCUGCAGCUCGUCAUCAGGUGGAGUCAAAGUGCAGCAGUGCCCGUCAGCGAGCAGUUGAGCAGGGCGCCUUUCUAUUACCAACAAGCAGCAAAUAGAUUUAUUACUAGUUGUUCUGUUGUUGUUAUAAGCUGUUGUUUAGUUUCCAUUAAAAGCUGGUCUUUUCUUUGGCUAAACGUUGAUCUUGAAGACCAAACUGCCUCUUGUUCACUUUGCACUUUAAGUCCGAAGGCGGUUCUGCUUUCUGCCGCGUGUCAACAUGUUUUUCAUUAUUCAGAUGUUAAAAGCUACCUCAUGUUAAUGUUCUGCUGCUCGUGCAAGUGCCACAUCUGUGGGACCCCUUUAAAACAUCUGUUUGUUGUUGCGUCCUUUGUUAUGUCUGAAUUUUUGUGUACACAGACUUCUUUAGGUUCUUCUGAAAAUUUUUUUAUUUAUACAUUGAGCUGUAAUAAAGCAAUAAAGCAUAUUUGAAUGAU